AGUGAAGGACAGAGACGCUGUGAGCAGUGAAGGACAGAGAGACGCUGUGAGCAGUGAAGGACAGAGAGACGCUGUGAGCAGUGAAGGACAGAGAGACGCUGUGAGCAGUGAAGGACAGAGAGACGCUGUGAGCAGUGAAGGACAGAGGGAGACGCUGUGAGCAGUGAAGGACAGAGAGACGCUGUGAGCAGUGAAGGACAGAGAGACGCUGUGAGCAGUGAAGGACAGAGAGACGCUGUGAGCAGUGAAGGACAGGGAGACACACGGACCGACGUGGAAGAUCUGUCAAAUUUGCAAACAGCGAAGAAACUGGAUUUAAAGAAGACGGUUUGUUUGUGCAGAUCACUGAAAUUUGAUUCUUUCCCCCUGUACUUUUUAAAGUUUAUCUAAAAAGAAAAAGGACGGCUCUUUUUGAAAGUGUUUUAAAAGCUGCAGCGGUUUGCACGGGUGUUUUAUUCAUGUAUCUGCCUGCACUCUGACAGGUGAGACGCGUGUAUACUAUGUAAGGACUUUUUCCUCAACUAUCCUCGCCGAUCCUGUGUGUGGAUGCUGCAGGAAAAGAAGGGCUGGAGACGAGGAGAGCUGUCUCAACCUGUUGCUGGUCUGGACCGAGUUUGUUUUAAUAUGCUGUGUGAUGAGGGCUAAUGCAAUUCCACUUAUCAAAGUAGCUUCAAACAUCGAAACUGAAACACACACCAGGCUAUUUCAGUUAUCACUCAAAAAACAAAUUAGUUUUUCAUUCUGAACAGACUGAACCAGGUGUUCUGCAUUGUGCCGCGCUGUGAUUCGGAGGGGCCGGUCAUGGUGCUGGAGCGGUGUGGAGUGCUGCAGGGGCUCCUCUCCCAGGACCCCGGGCAGGUUAUGGGCGUGGUGGAGGCGCUGGUGUGUGAGCUGCACCAGGACAAGGAGGGACUGAUAGAGAGUAUCCUGCGAGACCCCAGCAGCCAGGACUACAUGCGGGCUCUGUGCCGCUUACUGACGUCCACAGACACGCGGCUGUGCAGCAACGCAGCCUACAUACUGGGCUCCAUUGCAGAGAGCGAGACUGGGACCCAGCAGCUGGUGUCACUGGGAGGGGCCGGGGACUGGGACAGCUGGGACCUGCUGGGAACGCUGACCUCGCUGCUGAGGUGGGACGAUGCCGAGGCGGUGAUGAACGCAGCCGGCACCAUCGGCACCCUGGCGGAGAGCAGCGAGGGGCGGCAGUGGAUCCUGGGGGAUCAGGGCUUUGUGGAGAUGGUGGACAGCGUGACGUCCCUGCUGGACGCAAGGAGCGAGUGGACAGUCAGCAACGCCGCCCUGGUGCUGGCUCGCCUCUCGAUGUGCGAGUCGGGGUGCCGCAGGCUCCUGGAGCACCCCAACUCCGCCAGGAUAAUCUCCAAGCUCAUAGCCUCGCUCAGAGGGGACGAGGCAGGGUGUGGGAUGAACGCUGCCUUUGCUCUGGGCCGGCUGUGUGAUACGGACCUGGGGCGCCAGCAGAUACUCAGCAUGGCAGAGGCUCCGGGCAUGGUUGCCUCUCUGGGAGCCAUGCUGGCUCAGCCUGACGCUGGCGGCAGUAAGAACGCCUGCUUCGCUCUGAGUUGCCUGGCAACGGAAGCGGAAGGCCACUCCCACGUCCUGCAGAGCUCUGCCUUCCCCCAGCUGCUGAACUCUCUCCAGCGCCUCCUGCAGGUGGAGGACCAGGACAGCGCCUGGUUUGCUGCAAUGACAGUGAAAGUUUUGGCUUCCCAGCCCAGCGGAGUCCUGAAACUGAGAGAGGACAGGAAACUAGAGGAGCUCUUAAAGUCUCUGGUGUGCUCCAAGACAGCAGGGAAGGAGCUGCUGGAGGAAGUGAGCCUCACUCUGAGCAAGCUGCAGCGCCUCCCCAAACCCCUUCCCCCGCGGACGGAGCUCCUGGAUUCAGGUUCCAUCCUGGUCUCCUGGGAGACGUGCACCCCCGGGAACGGCCUGGAGGUCACCUACAGUCUGUUCGACGGAUCCUGCCUGCUGUACUCGGGGCUCCAGUCUCGCUUCACCCUGAUGGACGCCCCGCCUGGCCAGGAGUUCCUCUUCAGGCUCCGCCUCUCCACGCCGGGGGACGACACCAGCCCCUACAGUGAAGCCGCCCGAUUGGUUGUGCAGAAGGAGGCGUCUAUGCCCAGUAGUCCUCGGGAUCUGCGUGUGAUUGGCUGCACCCAGACGCAGGUGAAGCUGAGCUGGGCUCCCCCAGCCGAUCCACAGGGUCCCCUGAGGGGGUACCAGCUCUUCAGGGGAGAGAUCCUGCUGGACACGACCGCGGAGCUCAGCUGCAUUGCGGGCGGACUCUCCCCCUCCUCCCUGUACGAGUUUGGGGUGUGUGCCCUGGGCUCCACAGGGAGGGGUGCCAUGGCACGGAUCGAGGUCAGGACAGCAGACCCAGGGGACCACGCACCCAGCAAGCUGGCGGUCACCGUCCUGGGGCGGCACGAGAUUUCCGUGACCUGGGAUAUGCCUGAGGUGCCGCUGGGCCGUCUCUUUAACUUCGAGCUGUGCAUCAACGGGAGGGUGGUGUACCUGGGCACAGAGAGGGGCUACACCGCACGCAGGCUGGCAGCCAACACAGAGUACACCUGCACCGUCAGCGCCAUCACCAGCGAGGGGCGCUGUGAGAGCCGGCCGGUCACAAAGAGGACUGCCAGGGAUGAGUACGAGAACACUGCCAAGUGCCUGUACUCUCCAGCACGAGCCAGCAAGCAGCAGCAGCAGCCCCCUCUCAACCCCCCAGCAAAGGAGUCCCCCGACUGCAGCGACCGAACCAGAAAGCCCCGAGGCACAGGAGCCCCCCACAAGGAGCCCCCCAGAGCUCCGAAAGCACACCUGGCCCUGAGUAAGGGUUGCUGCAGAGUGUGGGACAGCGACAGCACCGGGGGGUCCAGGGCACGGCACAGGAGACCGUCUACUCCGUCACAGCGCACAGAUGGCAGUAAAUCGUCCGCUCAGUGUGUGGAGGCUGUGCCCAAGACGGUCCCGACAGGGCGUCCUCAGCAGUCAGACCAGCGGGGGCUUUCCCCCAUGAGCUCCGGGACAGACCCCUGUGCCCGGGAGCAGGGUGGGGGGCACGGUCCCAGCAUGAGGAGGCAGCCUUGCACCCAGGUGGUAUUGAACACGGUCUCUGACUACGAUGUGGGGGAGCCUCUCUUCAGCAGGGUGCAGCCCUCGGAGGGGGUCACCUCCGCACCAAUCCGCCUGCCUGGCAAACCCCCCAGCUCCUCCAGCCCCACGGAGCGGCCGAGAGGCAGACCAGCCCUGCUGCUGGAGCGCAGAGCCAAGACCGAGAGCGAGCUGCUGCCCCGGCGAGGGGGGAGGAGGAGGGAGGAGCAGACACGGCAAGAGGGGGCUGCAGGGAGGAGGGGGAGCCUGCUGCUGGAUGACUCUCUGCGAGGGAGCCAGUCCCUCAGUGCUGUGCACAUACCCGGGAAGGAGAGCCCCUUCCAGCUGAAGCACUUCCAGAGAGGCGAGGCACACACACAGCUGCUGAGCACCAAGGAGAGGCUGCUCAGCUCAGACUUGCUGUUGCGGAUGAAUUGUGUGAUGCAGGAAAGAAGCCAGCAGCGUCAGGCUCAGAGUCUGUCCCUGAGCGCUGGAGUGCGGGGUCCCCAGCUCUCCCCGAACCACCGCACCUCCAGACCCCCCCUGCCCCACGCCCCCCCAGGACUCAACUCUCUCCUGCAGGACAAGGCAAAUCUGGUGAAGCGCAUGCAGACUCUGUCUGAAGUGGCCCGCAUUCAGCUGGACUGGAACCGGCACCACAGGACCCCAGUGAGGCUGCCAGCGAGACUCGGGCAGGGCGGAUCCUUCGUGCUGACCCCGGUUACAGGCAUUGAGUUUGGCGUCUGGGGUCACUGCCCCAAGCCACGCUGAUCUGGGGGCCCUGGACGCCUUUGAAGAGAGGUCACCUGCGUCUGCACUGCCAGGCAGCCUGAUCUGAGCCCAGCGGAGCCUCACAGAGAGGCCUGUGCAGCACAGCCAGCCGAUAUCCACACAGACUAACACACUCUCCACACUGAGGGCUAGCACCUGGGGCCUUACCACGGGGAGACUUUACUGUAGCAUGCAACUGCACACACCGUGCUAAACAACAAUGAGAAAUGAGAAAGUAGGGUUAGAAACACCAGCCCUGCACCCAAACCAGACCCCAGUUCAACAAACCGUCCCUCCCCUGCAGCUGCAUGAGCAAAAUCCUAGGAGCAACCCGCCAGACUCGAGCGUGACUUAUUGAAGCUGUGAUCAGAGUGCGCUCAGCAGGGGCCUGAUCACAUUCCUGCUCAGUUCAAUACUGCACCUCAGCAAGGGGGGUGCUGAACCCCAGGACUGGGGAAGCGCGAGUGGGAGUUUCUAACAGGCCCCUGGACUCAUUCUAAGAGCUUCAUUCCCCUCUAUCGCAUGGAUUAGCAUUGCUGUACACUGGAGGUUGUUCAGGUAUUUUUGUAUGUUUUACACUCAGAGGACCUCACUGACACAACACCCUGUCUCUCUGCAUGUGUGUGUAUCCAUGUGCUUCAUUUUGCACUUUCUGAUCACAUUGCAGACCAAUGACUUGCAUUCACUAGCAGGAAAUCUAGAAUAAGAUAUAUACUCUGGGUUGUUGUAAAGCUGCAAUGUUCGUGAUUGCUUUAUCCAAAGCCUUGUGUUUGCCGAUCCCAAAUCAAAUCUGUAAUGUACGUUACUCCUGUUUGCUGUGCAAUAAAAUGUGUUUGUGUGCUUCCUGCUGGAGUUUAUUAACACUGCACUGUAAUAAGGGGAUUGCUGCUGCACUGCAGUUAAUUGCAUGUUCUCUUAUUUCAUAGACACUGUAAUGCACUGUGUGUGUGUGUAUAUAUUAUUAUAAGCGUCUCGUCAGCCUGGUUAGUAUUAUUGUAUUUAAAUACAUGUCCCUCCAAGCCUGCAAGCGGCGCCCUUUCUUCAUCCAGCUCGGUUUACAGCAGCUGGUUGUGUUCACUCAGGCAGGACUGGAGGGAGGGUUGGAGAGGAGGAAGGCAGCGCCGUGGAGACCUCACCCAUAGGGCACAGUGACAGACUCCCUG